GUCCCGGUUACAGAGCGUCACUGCCGGAGCGGGCUGCAUGUAGCCUGUACCCCGGCGACAACAUGCCGUCUGACGUGGAGUACAGCCCGGUGGGAGAGGGGCUGGGGAUGCGGGACUUCUGGCUGUACGUAUGGCUGCGGAGAGUCUCGGUGAUGGCCGCUCAUGUCACCGGCCUGGGCCUGACCCUCAUCAUCUCCCGGCUGUCCAGACCCGGAACCAGUCUGUUUUCUUGGCAUCCAGUGUGUAUGUCAGUUGCUUACUGUCUGUGCAUGACUGAGGGCAUCCUCCUCUACUCAGCCGAGGGAUCUCCAUUCUGCUUCAAGUCUCGAAAGGGUAAGGUCCGUCUCCACUGGCUGUGUCAGGCUCUGGUUCUGAUAGCUGCUGGCACUGGGCUGGGUUUCGUGGUGGCCAGUAAAAAUGUGUCAGAGCUUCGCCACCUGGUCAGCUGGCACAGCCUGCUGGGCUCCUGCACGCUGGCCGCCAGCCUGCUUCAAGCAGCCUGCGGUGUCACCCUCAUCUUCCACAAGCAGCUGCAUCUCUCCUCCUCCCUGCCCAGACUCAAGCUGUACCAUGCCACCUGCGGCCUGGUGGUCUACCUGUUGGCCACUGUGACCGUCAUGUCGGCCAUGUUCUCAGACUGGUUUCAGGCCAUGGUGAAGGGGGUGACAUGGUGGGCUUACCUCCUGCUGCCCCUCUUCCCUGCCCUGGUGGUGAUGAACCAAAUUACUAAUGCCUACCUGCCCCGCAGGAAGAUGAGCAGCUAGGAAGCAUGGAGGACAUGAAGCUACAAAGAGCUUCAUGUGGUGCUUCCACCAGUCUGGAAGUGACCUUCACCUCCUUUCAUAUGAGUGAAGUGAAGCUGGACUUUGGUGUUGGUGUCAUCUAAUCUUCCAGGACGGUGUUCAAGGUGAUCUAAUGAACUUGGACGGAGGUGCAAGUCUCUGAAUUUUUGCACUACGUUUGCAGUGAAAGGCCUACAGACUCUGGAUCUUCAGGAGGAUGAAUGUGGACGGUCUUAAAGCAGCUGGUAAAUUCUCUCCACCUCUGGUGAUGCUACAGAAGCUGCAUGAAGCAGUUUAACAUGAAGUUGUUUGGUAAAUCAUCACACCAAAACAAACAUGGAGGAUUAGAGUACAUCUCUGCAUAACCCAGUUCAAAAAAGCAGCUGCUUUUUUUCUACUAAAUUUCAAAUACAAUAUCAUGUUUUGCAAAUCAUUUUCAAACAAGAAUUCAUUGAAAUGGUACCAAACACUAAAUUUUAUAUUAAAACUUGGGAGAAGAAAGCAUCCCAGAAAGGCUGUUUAUGAGGAAGGCCCAACGGAAGAAUGCUUCAAGCCCGCAUUUCCGACCUGACAACACCACUCAGAACAUACAGAAACUCAUGACGUGUCCUCUGUCUCACUGCUGACUGCUUCACUGCCUCCCAGCUGUGGAGCAGAACGCUCCUUUCAACCUGCAGCAUUAAAUUCAUCCCCUGAUGGACCAGCUGAGGGUCAGAGUCCUUCUGAGUGUUAAUCCAGAGCUUGAGGUGUAGACUGAACUGUACCACUGAGCCUUAUGUUGCUGCUCUUUAAUCAUUCCUGCUGGUCUGUUGGGAUGGAACUCUCCUCAGCCAGUGAGCCAGAUUUCUUUCUCAGGAGAUGGAGAGCAAAAACAAGAAGACACAAAAGCUGGAGGAGUUUGUUUUUAACAGGCAGCCUGAUGGUGACUAAAAUCAGAGUACAGUGUGACUACAGGAGCUGUAAUACUGGGAGGAGCAUUUUGCAGACUGCUGCAGACAAACAACCUAACCAGGACGGAAUACACUUUCAUCAGCGUCCUCACUCAGACUCCUUUCCUCCAUCUUCUCACAGACUCGUGUUAAAACCUCGAAGCAGCCCAUUUUCUUCAUGAAUGUGUGAAAGUCAUUAUUGUCCUUUGUGGGGUUUAUUUUAUUUCAUUUUUUUAUUUCACACAUGGCUAUGCACAACCUCAAAUGAUAAAACAACAAAAAUGUCAAAACACUUCUUGGUGCAAUAAAUUUGAUUUAUUUAUUUA